AUGGAUCACCAACGGCCUAGACGCUACAAACAGGUAGCGCUGACUACUCCUCGCGUUCCACCGAAGUAUAUUCGGAGACCGGAUUCUGAAGAGGACUACGAAAAUGAGCGAGCAAGAACGAAUGUUAUUAUCCAAAAGAUUUUCAAUGUGCUUGCCGUGCUCGGGAUCAUCACAUUGCUUUUCUUGACGGCGGUAAGAUAUGAUACUACGAACGAAAGAGAUCCUUACAAAUGCGCUGCAAUAACAAACGAAGGUCGCUGGUUGGAGUCUGAUUCAAAUACUACAGACCCACUUCGGACCUGGCAGCCUUUUGGAUGCCUAUUACACGAUUAUAGUAGAAGAGAUAUAACUACAUGCCUACCAAAGCGUCGAAUCCUAUUUGUUGGGGACCAGGGCAUCCAGUCCCUGUACUACGCUACAGUUGAUAAACUGCAACCAGGGACCAGCUGGGGAGAACUUGACAGGAAGUUCAGUAGUGAAGGGUUAAAUAGUGUUACAGUCGAAUUUAUAUGGGACCCAUACUUAAACUCUACACGACUAGCCGAGGAGUUGGAACCUUGGAAAAAUGGCACGCUUUUGCCUGGAUAUCAGGCAGGCGGAAAUUAUGACCCACCGGCUCUCUUUAUAGUCGGUGCGGGAAUACGGUUCGCAGAACGAGGGUUCGACGAAAAUCCACUCCGGGUAUGGCGAGAAGCCGUGGACCGUGUUACAAGCCAUAUGCGAUGGGGUGAUCGCCCAACAUUUUUGGGCGGCAAAGAUACGCUGAUGCUUGCGCCAGUCGAACACCCAGCGUGGGAGAAGCUCCAGCCAGAUGUUAGGAAGAGCCUAAUGCCGUCGGUUGCGCUUGAUAUGAAUAAAUAUCUAAACUCGAUAGCCACCAUCCAGGGAAUGGAUUUAGUGAGGGCGUGGAAAGUUUCGUCGGAUGACAAAGUGGAUCUGGUGGUUUCGAAUCAUGUUUACAGUAAAUACCACUCGAAGGAGACGAAAAAAGAUGGAAUAGAAUUGUUGGAGGAGGUGGCGGCGAGAAGAGUUGAUAUGGUAUUGGGGCUAAGGUGCAACAACGUGUUAAAGCAACUGGGAGAAAAUCUCCCAAGUGAUUGCUGUACAUUGCCGCUAAGUCUAACUUGGUUGCAGAGCUUCAUGGUGUUUCGGGGAUUACUGGUGAUUUUAGCACUGAGGGGGUGGCUGUGGUGGUAUAACCCGAAGCUACAAAGUAAUCAGAUAAGCUACCUAGCAAGGUUGAUUUAUCGUUUUGGGCCAGAGAAGGAGGUGUUAAGAAGACUCUGGCGCCUAGCUCUCGUUUUAGUCCUUUGCCUUUUUGCAGAUAGGUCACCAAUCUUUUAUCAUACAGAACGGCUAUGGUCUCCUGCAAAAUUCCAAAAAGCUCUCCUUUUUGUCUUCGUUAUUGGGGUCUUCACUUUACGAAAACCUACAUCGACUACGGUAGGUUGGGAAUUGGACAAACGGGUUUUAACUGAAUGGAAAGGUGCAGCGCUUGCGAUCCACUUGGUUUCUUCAUACCUUGGGGCAUCAACUGAGUUCUCAACAUUCGCCCUAAUAUUUUUGAACUCACUCGAAUGGACGAUUUCACUUCUUGCGACGAAUGCUUCCCGGAACGGAAGCUUGUAUUUCCCUAGGAAACUCUUGGCUAUAAACUAUGUGGCCUUACCAACAGUUUUUAUUAUGCGAACGGAGUAUUUACUCUACCGAGUACCAGCUCUGCUUUCAUUUUGGUUUGUGAUAGUUUAUAUGACGAUUAGGAUACGCUCCUGGGGUAACAAGGACGUGGAAUGGUAUAUGGGGAAGCUGGUUAUUUCUGUGAUUCUAGUCACGGUGUUCUUUGGGGCGCUUGGAGUUCAUAAAAGGGUCUUGGAAGCGCUUGAAGUGCUCUGCGCGAUUAAGUGGGAUAGCGAAUUAGUGAAACAGUUGGGUUUCAAACAUAUGGGAGCAGCAUACCUAGGGAUGGGAAUAGGUUGGGUCUAUGCCAAUGUGUUCUUACUCUCGAGGGGAAAUGACAGGAUCCGGAAUGAGCGUUAUGCAGGUUACUUAGCUUUGUUUUCUGGUCUACUAUAUUGCCUCCUGAAGGUGCAAGGUUUCGAUUGGUUGGAUGAGUGGCAUAACUGUACAUCGCUUGCCAGGGUCGCAUUUUUUGGAGUCAUCAGGCUUUGGCUUACUGGGGGCGGAGUCAGACAGAGUGAAUUUUUUAUCUGGCUGGGAAAUAUGGAAGCUGCAGUUCUGGGGAUGAUGAAUCACCUUUGGCUAUCAGCGGAUGGAGAAGCAGUUUUGGAUCUGGGGUUUUGGGGAUUCAAUGAUGUGGGCGUUAAUUGGAAUUGGGGUUUCUGGACGUUAGUAUUUGGAUAUCUCUGUUGGGUGGUAGGAGACACCCGAGAGACGAUAGUGAAUUGGGUUCUGGGAUUCCGUACGGAGCCUAUUACGGCGGGCGAGUUACAAGAUAGGAAGAAGACUGAUACUGAUGCUGUGGAAAUGGUGAGCGGAGAUGGUCAAAAUGAUGUUGAGCUUGGAGAUUCAAAGCAACCAUUGCAGUCGUCUGGUGGCCCUCUAGAGCGAUUUCCAACGAACGGGGGGUUACGUGCGGCAUGGGUUCUCAUCACAGUCUGGAUCUUGAAUUGGACAACAUGA